AAGAUAUCAGUAACACGUGCAAAUACGAGUCAUAGUAACAUUUGAAGAAGAGAGGUGGUCUGAAAACGGCGAACCUCAACCGCAGCAAGUGCAUUUGGCAGUCGCCGUCGGCAGCAGCGUUGGUUCUUCGGCGGUCACCGGUGCCACAUCCUCGUCGGUCGCGCGCAGGUGCAUUUCACAUGGUAAAAGCACAAUAUCUCCCCUUCCCCUUAACAAGUAGAGACUUGAAGAUGUUACCAUUCCUCUCCAACCAAAACCACCAAAGGGCUUACAUGCUGUAGAAUAAGUUGUGGAACCUGCUUAAGAUGUUCGUUCGAAGAAUUUUUGCUUCAUGUAUUCAAUCAAGAAGGAUGUUCAGCUCUUCUGUUAGCCAUAACUAUGCAAGUGCUAUUCAAGAACUAAACAAGGAAAUGGAAUCAGUAUUUGGUGAACCUCCAGCAAAUGGACUAGCUAGUUCUGCAAGCAAUAGUUGUGUGAAUAAUGCAUCCCAGUUAUCAUCUCAAAACAGAGGUGAAAGUUCUGUUGAAUUGACUCAUACUGGCAAUUCAGGGGAAGCUCAAAUGGUCGAUGUGUCUCCAAAAGGCAAUAGUAAUAGAACUGCCAGUGCUGUUUGCAAGGUAAUUCUUGGAAAGAAGGUGUUUGAUUUGGUCCUGGCGAAUCAAAUGGCGAAAGGAGAUGUGCUUACGGUGGCAAAAAUUGCUGGCAUAACUGCAGCAAAGCAAACUAGUAACCUGAUUCCGUUGUGCCACAACAUAGGCCUUACACAUGUGCAAGUGGAUUUGAAAUUGAAUAAUGAAGACUUCAGUGUAACAAUAGAAGGAGAAGCUGCAUCAACUGGUAAAACUGGGGUUGAGAUGGAAGCAAUGACAGCAGUCUCUGUUGCUGGCUUAACAGUGUAUGAUAUGUGUAAGGCUGCUUCAAAAGAGAUAGCAAUUACUGAUAUAAGACUUAAGCAUAAAUCUGGAGGAAAAAGUGGAGAAUACUAUUGGGGACAAUGAUGGUUUUAAAGCAUUCCAAUGGAUGACGACAAACACCAGAAAUGCUAUUCCUCAGCUAGUCUUAAAGGUCACCAGCAUAGUUCUCUACACAUGAAUUUCCCUGUAACGGGAUGCAUAAAAAUUGUUGGGGCUAGCUUUGAUGAAACACGUUUUAAUAGUUGGGCUUUCACUCCUCGCAUUGUAGACAUUGUCAAAUUUCAAUAAUAUAUGAAAACUUUGCAGUA